ACCAUCAAGACCCCAGGGGCUCCCUCUUCCCUCCACAGACUGUGGACUGACUUAGGGAAUCCCAAACGAUGACAGAAAAGGAGGUGCUGGAGUCCCCUGAGCCCUCCUUGCCAGCAAAGACUCAGCAAAGUAGGCUACAGCGGCUGAAGCAGUUAUUCAGGAAGGAGCCUCCGGGGACAAAGGAGAUGGAGCUUCCCCCAGAGCCCCAGGCCAAUGGGGAGGCAGUGGGAGCUGGGGGUGGGCCCAUCUACUACAUCUAUGAGGAAGAGGAGGAAGAAGAGGAGGAGGAGGAGGAACCACCCCCAGAACCUCCUAAGCUUGUCAAUGACAAGCCUCACAAAUUCAAAGAUCAUUUCUUCAAGAAGCCCAAGUUCUGUGAUGUCUGUGCCCGGAUGAUUGUGCUCAACAACAAAUUUGGGCUCCGCUGUAAGAACUGCAAAACUAACAUCCAUGAACACUGUCAGUCCUAUGUGGAGAUGCAGAGAUGCUUCGGCAAGAUCCCCCCUGGUUUCCAUCGGGCCUAUAGCUCCCCACUCUACAGCAACCAGCAGUACGCUUGUGUCAAAGAUCUCUCUGCUGCCAAUCACAAUGAUCCUGUGUUUGAAACCCUGCGCACUGGGGUGAUCAUGGCAAACAAGGAACGGAAGAAGGGCCAGGCAGAUAAGAAAAAUCCUCUAGCAGCCAUGAUGGAAGAAGAGCCAGAGUCUGCCAGACCAGAGGAAGGCAAACCCCAGGAUGGAAACCCUGAAGGGAAUAAGAAGGCUGAAAAGAAGACACCUGAUGACAAACACAAGCAGCCUGGCUUCCAGCAGUCUCAUUACUUUGUGGCUCUGUAUCGGUUCAAAGCCCUGGAGAAGGACGAUCUGGAUUUCCCGCCUGGAGAGAAGAUCACAGUCAUUGAUGACUCCAAUGAGGAGUGGUGGCGGGGGAAAAUAGGGGAGAAGGUUGGAUUUUUCCCUCCAAACUUCAUCAUUCGGGUCCGGUCUGGAGAGCGUGUGCACCGUGUGACCAGAUCCUUCGUGGGAAACCGCGAAAUAGGGCAGAUCACUCUCAAGAAGGACCAGAUCGUGGUCCAGAAAGGAGAUGAAGCCGGCGGCUACGUCAAGGUCUACACCGGCCGCAAGGUGGGGCUGUUCCCCACCGACUUCCUGGAGGAGAUUUAGGCGUGCAGGCGCCUGC